UUAGUGUGGGGCGUCAUUGUUCCGAUUCCGAAGAGGGGAGAUUCGGUGAGAUUCAGUAAGAUUGUUCUUUAAAAGUUGUGAUAGCACCGAACUAAGCUACCUGUACACCCGUUCAGUUGGUGUUCAAACUUCAAACUCCAAACACACAACACAGACACUGAACAAACAUACAGGCAUUGAAGCAAAACGGCAAGCAGAUCCAGAAUGAAUUUUUUAUUGGUGUUAAUCUCCGUGCUCGUGAUUAGUCAAGUUAAUUGUGUUAUCCCACCUGUUAACGAUGUCCAUAAUUGGGCUGGUGAGCUGGAUAAAGCACAGCAGGAUUUCAAUUUGGACUCGUACACGAAGCAGUGGAUGGACGACUGUGAGAGGGUCAAUGGUAGCGAGGCCAUAGAGGAAAUCCGUGAUUCAAUGACAGUAUUAACUGAAUGCAUCUCGUCGAAAAUAAAUAUCCAUAAUAUAACAGAAGAAAUUAAGGAAGCCUCUCCUAAGGGAAUCCUUGACGAGGUUUUUGCGAAAUACUGCAAUCAAGUUCUAGCAAUCAAACAAUGUAGAAUUCCCGUCAUAUCCGCAAUGCAAGUUUGCCUUUCAGACCAAGCUGAUCAGGAUCUUGAGGUCGUCGACGAAGCCAUGAAUGCAGCAUUGGAUUUUAUGUGCUACAAAGGAGGGGAACGGAUAGCAAUUUUCAUGUCUGAAAAUGGAACCGAUUGUUUCUUGUCAAAUGUGGAUAACAUAGCAACAUGCCUGAAUGGUAGUUUGCCUGAAAUGGAAGCUGCCAUCACUAGCAUGCAGACGACCAACACGUCAAUCUUUAACGAUGAAAACUGUCGGCUGGAAAGCAGAAUGAAGGCAUGUGUAAUUGACGGGUUGAAAACCUGUUCUGACCCUACACCUGCCAACGUUGUCGAAGGCUUAAUCGACUCAAUGAUCAAAAGGACACCGUGUCACAGAAGCGGAGCCAGUAGCAUGAGCUUUUCUUAUUCCUUCCGUUCCUCAGUAUUACUUUGGGCGUUGGCAGCUUUGGCGGUGGCCACUCGUACCAUGUUCUACCCCUAAGUAUUGUGCAACAUAGUAUCUAGUCUCAGAACUUGCCCAGAGCCUUGUGAUUGGUGUGCUUAAAUCAUCGUGAUUGCUUCCGGUGAAUGCGAUAUUUGUUGGUAAGUGUACUCAUCCGGCAAUAGUGUUUUGAGAAAUAACCACAUUUAUGGAGUUUUUAAUUACACCCCACUAAAUUUCCCCCCAAUAAUAAAGAGGGUUACGUUUAAAGGUAGGCUCGGCGGAAUGCAAUUAUUUCUUGUUUAACAGACACAGAACCAUGGUAUUUCAACAGAGACUUUUGCAAGUAUUAAGUUAAGCGUUAUUUUUUUUUUAUUAUUAUUUUAUGGCUGCUUCCUCUAUUUGCAAAUGCCUUCAGCAUGUGGUUCUUCUUCGCUUACAGGCUUCGCUAGUCGGAAAUAGUCGACGUGACUGUUGGGUACCCAGUGACACUGUCAGUAGACUCUCUGUAAUGGGAAAAAUUUCCAAAUUUGUUUUUAUCGGCAGCAAAUGUUGCAAAUUGAUUUUCGCAUCUCGCAGUGAUGAAAAAUGUAAGUCAGUGGAAACGAGACGGGGUCAAUCAGCAUCGAAGUCUAACGGGGCCGAAAUAGGAGACAUAAAGUUGAAAAUGACAACAUAUAUUACAGAGGCAAUGGCUACGCUGUCAUUUGACGUGGAAAUAGCAUCUAAAUGACAAAUAGUUGCUAGAAUGCGCGGCACCAUGAAUGGAUGUUGAUACACAAGAAUCCAGUAGUAUGCACUUAGUGUAAGAGAAAGCAAAGUAAAGAGAAAAAAUAUUUUUUGCCUUUGGAACUUCCCGAAAUUUUUCCGGUCGACCGCGGUUGAUAAAAGUAGCAGGAUGACGAAGAGUGCAUUUGAGAAGUCUGUUGAGAGACAUUCACUAUGUUGUGCGUUGGGUGAUGAGUCCUUGAAGUUUUGUAAAAGGCCGUAACAAGAACAACAGGAAAGAACAGUAGCAAUGAAACACAAGUAGGGAGGGGGGGAGGGAUUUGAUGAAUGGCUCCUCAAAAGGAAAAAAAAAGGAACAACAAAUAAAAUAACUCGCAUGGUCUGAGCACGGUUGUACCUCCCUGUAGGUGGAUGACAGAAAAUGGUUCCAUUGUUACGCUCAUUAUUUUCAAUAAUGAUAAAAAAUUAUCUUCUUAUCUAAUAAUUCUCUAGAAGAACAAUGAGAAGAGGGAAAAGAAUAACUGAAAAAAAAACGGAAUAUAGGGAAAUAAACCUGCUUUACCGACCGUUUACUUCAGGGAGACAAUCGAACGGCGAUUCAAAUAUAUCUCGUCUGGUGGCGCUGUAGAGCACCACCAAAAAUUGUGAAUCGUAAAAUUCACUGUGACUCGAUUGGUCUUCAUAAAAGCAAGGUUUAUUUUGCCACGGAUUGUAAUGAAAAAAAAAAAGGUUAAAGAAUUCAGUAAAGCCUAGUCGUAUAGUUUAUAAUUUUGUGUUGCUUUCUUCAUCGACUUAUUGUACUUAAAUCGAAAUCCUUAAUCCCGCUUUGACAUAGUUAGGUCUUGAAUGUCGUUUCCGAUUGAAGUUCAUUGUAGUCAACGCUCGUGAAUUCAGACCAGGAGUCACUAUUUUGUUGGGUUAGUGUCACUUCAGUCUGGGAUAAUAUCGCGUUUUUGAAGCAAGCUGUCCAUCUGAUACGAACAAUAAGGUCUUCUGAAAAAUGGAUAAACACUCUGAGAUUAAACUGAAUGGGGAUGAGGUUACUGCUGUCUCUAAUGAUGGUGGUGAAAAUACAACCAUUUUCAUUCAAGUUAGAAGAUCACAGAGAAAAAGUAA